AGUGUUUGUUUGGUGAUGCUGAAUCAGCAGGAAUCACGUAGGAAAACCAGCUAACAAAUUGGACACUAAAUCCAGUCGUCCUCUGGAAGCUACCGACGAUGUUCGAGGAUGAAUCCGGGUUCGGAGCACGGUAUCGGCGCUGGUACCGACUGCAUGGGCAUCUCCUUCGCUAUUGGACUUAUCCUGAUGAUGAAAAAUACAAGCCUCCGAUCGGAAGUAUUGAUUUGCAGAAGUGCUCAGAAAGUAACUAUUGCACCCAGAUUGGUAUGCUUACGAUUGGACAAAUUAUUAUUAGGAUUCCGACGUCCACCACCGCCGGAUGAUGUUGAAUCGCUGGUGUUAGCAAAGCAAGGCAUUACUGCUAUUCAGCGGUAUUUGCUGUCAGCUGAUUGUGAGUAGUAUUAAGAUGAGUAUCUUAGUUAGUUAUUUGUUAAAAUUAUGAGUUCGAUGAGCAGGUGAAGAUUAGUGU